AUGGAUGAUGAAAUAUACAUAAAAUAGCCUUUGAAUGAUGAAUAGAAUGAUCAAUCAGAAAAGUUUAAGAAAAUAUUUUUAUUUUAUUAGAUAAUCCUAAUUUGUAUAAAAUGAUGAAUCAAUAGAACAUUUAGUAAAUUCCUUAAUCUAAAAUUAAUAACCUAAUGAGGAUGAUUAACUUAAGUAAUAAAUUGUUAAAAAGAGGAUUAAUGAUUAAAGGUAAUUCAUGAACUGUAUAAAUAAUGCAUUUUAGAUUCACUUUCUAAGAGGAUAAACGAAUCUUAGAGUUAGUUCAAUAGGUGGGACCAAAUUUUAAUAAGAUAGUGAAAUCAUUUCCUGGGAAAACAAUGAACAUGAUAAAAAAUAGAUAUUAUAAAAGAUUGCGCUACAUUAAAGAAGAUCUUCAAAAAGAUUAAGAAUAAAUCAAGAAACAAUCGAAACAUAAAAAAUAUAAUUGAAUUUUUAUCUUUUUAUAG